UUCACCACCGCGGUGGCUGCAGAAGGAUGCUCCGUGUACCGGCUCUCGCGCGCUCCCUGCGCCCCGUGACGCGCGCCCUGGCGCCCCCCCGGGGAGCCCGCGCCUACGCCAAGGACGUCCGCUUCGGCAGCGAGGCCCGCGCCCUCAUGCUGCAGGGCGUGGACCUCCUCGCCGACGCCGUCGCCGUCACCAUGGGGCCCAAGGGCCGCACGGUCAUCAUCGAGCAGAGCUGGGGCAGCCCCAAGGUGACCAAGGAUGGCGUGACGGUGGCCAAAGCCAUCGAGCUCAAGGACCGGUUCAAGAACAUCGGCGCCAAGCUGGUGCAGGACGUCGCCAACAACACCAACGAGGAGGCCGGAGACGGCACCACCACCGCCACGGUGCUGGCGCGCGCCAUCGCCAAGGAGGGCUUCGAGAAGAUCAGCAAGGGCGCCAACCCCGUGGAGAUCCGCAGAGGAGUCAUGAUGGCCGUAGAGGCGGUGGUGGCUGAGCUGAAGAAACACUCCAAGCCUGUAACGACGCCCGAGGAGAUAGCGCAGGUGGCCACCAUCUCGGCGAACGGGGACAAGGAAAUCGGAAACCUCAUCUCGGACGCGAUGAAGAAAGUUGGGCGCAAGGGCGUCAUCACCGUCAAGGAUGGUAAAACCCUGCACGACGAGCUCGAGAUUAUCGAGGGACUGAAGUUUGACCGCGGCUACAUCUCCCCCUACUUCAUCAACUCCGCAAAGGGCCAGAAGUGCGAGUUCCAGGACGCGUUCCUGCUGAUCAGCGAGAAGAAGAUCUCAAGCGUGCAGUCCAUCGUGCCGGCGCUGGAGCUGGCCAACGCGCAGCGCAAGCCGCUCGUCAUCAUCGCCGAGGAUGUGGACGGGGAAGCGCUCAGCACCCUUGUGCUCAACCGGCUCAAGGUCGGACUCCAGGUCUGCGCCGUCAAGGCCCCGGGCUUCGGGGACAACCGCAAGAACACUCUCAAGGACCUGGCGGUGGCGACCGGCGGCACCGUGUUUGGCGACGAAGCGCUGUCCGUGAACGUGGAGGACGUGCAGCUGCAUGACUUUGGGCGCGUGGGCGAGGUGACCAUCACCAAGGACGACACGAUGGUGCUCAAGGGCAAGGGCGAGCGCGCCGCCAUCGAGAAGCGCAUCGAGGAGAUCGUGGAGCAGCUGGAGGCCACGACCAGCGACUACGAGAAGGAGAAGCUCAACGAGCGGCUCGCCAAGCUCUCCGAUGGCGUCGCCGUGCUCAAGGUGGGCGGCACGAGCGACGUGGAGGUGAACGAGAAGAAGGACCGCGUGACGGACGCGCUGAACGCGACGCGCGCCGCCGUGGAGGAGGGCAUCGUGCUGGGCGGGGGCUGCGCGCUACUGCGCUGCCUCCCCGCGCUCGACGCCGUCGCCGCUGCCAACAGCGACCAGAAGAUCGGCAUUGAGAUAAUCCGCAACGCGCUGCGCGUGCCGGCGAUGACGAUCGCGCGCAACGCGGGCGUGGAGGGCUCCCUCGUCGUGGAGAAGAUCCUGCAGUCGUCCAACGACAUCGGCUACGACGCCAUGACGGGCGAGUUCGUCAACAUGGUGGAGAAGGGCAUCAUCGACCCCACCAAGGUGGUGAGGACGGCGCUGGUGGACGCGGCCGGCGUGGCGUCGCUGCUCGCCACGGCCGAAGCGGUCGUCACGGAGAUCCCCAAGGAGGAGAAGGCGGCCGGGAUGGGGGGCGGCGGCGGCAUGGGGGGCAUGGGCGGCAUGGGCGGUGGAGACAUGUUCUGAGCGCGGCGCGGUGACCCGACGAUCGACCCGAGGCGAACGACACCGGCGGCGGCGACGACGACGACGACGACGACGACAGCGGCUCGCUCGAGACGUGUGGACACGCGGAGCGGCGGCACCGCGCCCUCUCCGCUCGUCCCCCUCUCGCGACCCCAACAGCCAAACUGUGAACACAAACAUUCGCCCGCUCUCCCCUUUUCUAAUAAAACCCCGAAUUCAAAAAUGUACGCGGCUUGCUCCCAGCUCUCUCUCGCACGCACACACACACGCGCACACACACGUGCGCACACGUGCGCACACACACGCACAGACGUGCACUCUCGCACGCGCGCACGCACACACGUGCACUCUCGCACGUGCACACACCCUGUGUUCACCUCUUGCCGUAGUGCCCACCGCGUGCCAAGGGGAAAGCGCUCCAACCAAUCUGUGCAUUAGACGGUGAGCGCCCCGCGUGUGCUGUGGCUUGAGCCGCGAAGCCGCGGUGACGCCACGACGAUCGCGCUCGCCGAGCAGAGAUGCCCGCAAGCUGCUGAAGUCGGCGCCAUGCGUGACCCCCGUGCGUGACCCCCUGACUCCCGUGCGUGACCCCCGGGCCCCUGCAUAAACCAAAUUGGUCGGCGUUGAGCGUGGGUUUAGACAGCCGUGGUGGUGUGUUGUUCACAGGUGAAUGCGGGCGUCGAGCCUGGUAACAACAUCGGCAUCGCCUGUUUACACCAAACUGCUGCUCACGCCGCGUUUAGAUGGCUGCUGUUUAAACCAGCUUCACGAGUGUAAAGUUCCGGGGGUGGAGCGGGCGGGGUUUGUCCACCAGGCGUUGAAAGUGUCAAGCCGGGUGUCGGAAAUGUUUGUGUCGUGGUCGUAGGUUGUGUUCUCAUCGUGUCGCCGUGUUCGCGUAUUGUGUAGUUAACGUCCUUGUGGCUUGCGAUGGUGGUGGUGGUGACGAUGGCGGGCGCGGCGCCCGGGCGAACUGAAGCAGGCACUGGGCCGGUCGCGCGUUUGAACUUUUGUACGAAAAACAGCAAGGAAAAAUAAACGUGGAGUUGUGAUCGCACCUGCUGA